AGUCAGCAGGCAGUCGUUCAAAAGAACUUUUCAUUGAUGGCGUCCUUCUCUUACUCAAAAUAUCUCUUGUUCGGUUUGCCUGUCGUAGUCUUAGCGGGUCUUGCUGCACUGUGGUGGGAACGGAAUGAGAGAAGACGAUCUUACAAGGAGGUGGGGCGAGUUUCAGACCUGUUCAUUUAUCCUGUCAAAUCCUGCAAAGGAAUUCGUGUGGACGAUGUGAAAUGCUUCAAAGAAGGAAUGGAGUAUGAUAGACGCUGGAUUCUUGUGGAUGAGAAUGAUGCCUUUGUUUCUCAGCGUAAAGAUCCAAAGUUAGCUUUGGUUGUUCCACACUUUGAGGACGAAAAAUAUCUCUGCCUAAAUGCACCAGGAAUGGAAACAUUGAGAGUGGACAUAGUGUUGAAAGCAGAUAAAAAAGAAUAUAAGAGGAUUCGGGUCUGGAGAAUGUAUGGAGAAGGGCGAUAUGUUGGAGAUGAGGCGGCACAGUGGUUCUCAAAUUACUUGAGUAAACCUGGCUAUAAAAUGUAUCAGCUGUCUCAGCCUAGAGUAAUUUGUGAAGAUGAAAAGUGGGGCGAUGUUGGGCUACCAGAAGACAAGGUGUCUUUUGGAGAUUUUGCUCCAUACCUGAUUGCAAAUGAGGCAUCUUUAGCAGCAGUUAAUGAAGAACUUCCAUCACCAGUUACAAUGGAGAGAUUCCGUCCAAAUGUUGUUGUUAGUGGCUUAGCAGGGUUUGAAGAGGAUGAAUGGGCAGGAAAGAGAAUCAAAGUAGGAGAUGUUGAAUUUAGACAUCUUAAACCUUGUGGAAGGUGUAUACUCACUACAGUCAAUCCUGCAACUGGAGAAAAGGAAGGAGAUGAGCCUCUGGCUACUUUGCGAAGAAUAAGACUCCCUGAGGACAGAGAUCCAAGACAUGGCAACUCACCUUUCUUUGGAGUCCACAUGGCUCCUGAGGGGAAUGGGGUGGGGGUUAUAAGGCUAGGGGAUAGUGUAAUGGUUUCCUUGUAGAAUUCAUGUUACCAAGAUACAUUUAUGUAACUUGCUAAUCUGUAUUUUUUACAGAAAACAAUUUUCAAAGAUAUAUUUAGAAGUCAGUGAUUGUUGAAAGCACUGGGAAACAGGCUUAACCUGCUUUUUGCUAGCCAGGAUUUGAAAAGUGGGCGUCCCAAACUCAUUUAUUAUUCAUCACGUUAAAACAGAAAAACACAACCGUGAAGGAGGUUUCGAUAUCCAGUUAAUAGACUAAUUUCGAUAUAAUAAAAUUCAGCCUAAAACAAUAGACCUCAGCACGAGGCUUUGAGGAAUAAACCCCAUAAAUCCUGUAGUUAUUCCCCGGAGCCUUGUACUAAGGUCUAUUAUUUUAGGCUGAAUUUUAACAUAUCGAAAUUGGUCUAUUAGCAUAGAUUUUGACGAUUUUACUUCUCCGUUUACUCCUUAGUUUUUGCUUCGAUAAAUAAACAACCCUAUUUUAGCCUCACUCAGUCAACUGACAAAUCUGCAGUCGUGCUACAUCCUCUGGAGUUUAGCAAUAAAUUUCAUUUGCUGUGA